ACUGUACGUACACGAAUGCGUUUGUUAGCUCGCAUAUAUCUAUUGUUUAAGUUGUACUACAAGCAACAAACAAGUGUUAAACUGGUUUUAGAAAUGAAUAAUGCAGCUGAUAUGUUCCGCAGGGAAACCAUGGAUAUCUUGAGCAAAUCAAUAAAUAAACUUUGUGAAAACCCUGAUACAGAGUUAAAAGAAUUCUCUAUUUCUGGCCAGAAAAGUGGACUCAAAAUAAGUAUAUUAAAUAUCAUUAAACUGUCUGGUAAAAUAAUUAUAGGUCAUUUUUUAGUUCAAAAUGAAGAUGAAAGAUCUAAUAGAGUAGUGGAUUUUCUAAAGGUAUUUAAGUUAUUUGAAAACCAAAUAUUUGGAGAUGCAUAUUAUGAUCUGAACUACAGGAAAAAUAAAAGUUUGCGGAAACCAAUAAACUUGCCAAACGAUGCAGAUGUGAUCUUAUUAUUUGAGGAGUGCAAAGCUAUUAUGUUGUCGAUAGAUUUGUAUGAGCACCCAUUAAGUAAUUAUGUUAAAAUUAGAUCUGCGACUGCUACUUAUCUAAUAAUCUUUAAUGCUCGCCGAGGUGGAGAACCUGUAAGACUUCAAAUAUACCAGUGGACUGAAGCUGUUAACGGAGAGUGGGUUAUCAAAGGUGACCUUCCAAAAGACUUUGACCAUAGUACUAUGCUUAUAACAUACCAAACAGGCAAAGGGGGCGAUCAUUUAGUACCCUUAAUUUUUCCAUUAGAAACCAUAAAAGCGAUGGAGUAUUUGACAAAUGAAAAAGUGCGUUUAGAAGGUGAAAUUCACAAAGAAAACGAAUAUAUUUUUGCUAGCACUCAAAACAGUCUAGGUCAUGCUAGUGGUUGGCACUGCAUUAAUGAUAUCUUAAAACGACUAAAUCUUAAAGGAGCAAUUAAUGCAACAAAAAACAGGCACAGAGUUGCUUCAUUACUUGCUAAAUUGCAUCUUUCAAAAAAAGAACAAGAACUAAUAUUUCAACAUUUUGGUCAUUCUGAACGAAUGAACAAAGAUGUAUAUCAAGCUCCUCCUGGAUCUAUGCAAUUACAGACAACUGGUCAAUUUUUGUUGCAAAUUAAUUCAAGUAGCAAUAAUACUUCAGCACAAACUAUUUCAAAUACUGAUGAUCUUUCGUGUGUAGCAAGUGUUUCAACUCCCAAUUUGUAUGAAGUCAAUAUGGAAGGAAAUGAUAAAAUUAAAAAUGUGAAAUGUUAUCCUAAACGAGUAAGACCAAAAGCCAAUAGCGUUAUCAAAAAUUCAGGUUCUGGCUGCAACGCAUGUUAA